AUGUUCUUUCGCUCAUCCAAGACGCCUCGCUACACAUAUGUCGUCAAAGUCGAGUAUCCGACGGUCAUCCAGUUAGAGCAUCCCAAGCCUCUCCCAUUGAAGGUCUAUCUCAUCCCGGACUUGGACGGGGUUAAAACCACUAUCCGCUCUUCCUCCAGUCAAAGUUGUCAAUAUGGAACUGAGCCUAAAGGGGGGCCCCCCAAACCUGUCGACCUACCGAUCAUGGAACCGGCAUUACAGCAGAUACAAUCGGGACCAGUCUUUUCAUCCCAGGCUUCAAGUGGUACCGCAUUGACAACCUCACGAUUGACACCAGCCAUGAACACCUGGGCCGCUCCUGAAGAAACUGAAGUCAUCUUUUGA